AUGCACAUAACGCAGCUCAACCACGAGUGCCUUUUACAUCUGUUCUCUUUUCUGGACAAAAACAGCAGGAAAAGUUUGGCAAAAACAUGUCUCCAAAUGCUGCGAGUGUUCCAGGAUCCUUUACUGUGGCCGGUGCUGAACUUUCACUCUCCAGCAGAGCUGAAGAAGGAUAAUUUUCUCCUGGGACCUGCUCUAAAGUACUUGUCCAUCUGCUGGCACUCACAGCAAGUCAAGGUGUGCAACAUCGAGGACUGGCUGAAAAACACCUUCCAGAAGGACUUCUGUUACAAGCAUGAAAAGACUGUCAGUGACUUUUUACUACAGGUUUGCGACAGGUGUCCAAACCUGCUCUCGCUGACGCUCUCGGGCUGCGGCCACGUUACAGACGACUGCAUCUCGCUGCUUCUGCAGAGCUGCCCGCGCCUGGAGACGCUCGAGCUGGAGAACUGCGUGCGGGUGACGGACGGGACGCUGGCGGCCGCGGCGCUGCACGGGCGGGCGCUGCGCACGCUGCGCCUCGACUUCUGCCGCAACGUCACGCGCAGCAGCCUCCAGGGCCUGCGGGAGCGGCGGCCCGCGGUGGCCCUGAGCGCCGAGCGAAGCGCCAACAUGAUCCCCGACAGCAAGCCAGGAAAAAGGUUCCUGCUGGAAAAAGCGGCCAGGAAAGCGGUGCAGCUUUAA